AUGGCUAAUAAGGAAAAAUUCAAAAGGUCCUGGCUUGUUUAUUCAAAAACAAAGAAUGCACUUUACUGCACCGCCUGCAAAUUAUUCGCCAAUUCUUGUCCAUCAGCCUUGGGCAAAGACGGUUUUAUAAAUUGGAAAAACGCUUCAGAAAGAUUAGCUGAGCAUGACAUAUCGCCAGUGCAUAAACAUAAAGAAUGUUUCAUCAAAUGGAAAACCCGUCUGCAGCAAAUGAAAUCGUGUCUGGGUAUUGAUUGCGACAUUGAGCGACAGAUUCACUCUGAGAAAGAGAAGUGGAGACAUAUUCUACAUGUAGCUAUGGACGCUGUCAUGUAUCUUGCCACCAACUGUCUUUCUUUUAGAGGUUCCAAAGAAUCCCAAAUUGAUUUCACACAACAUUGUCUUCAACUGAGUCGAGGCAAUUUUCUCAAUUUGAUAAAUCUGCUCGCUAAAUAUGACCCUACUCUGAAGUGCCAUCUAGACCACCUAAAAAAAGGACAAACAUCCUAUCUGUCCAAAACUAUACAAAAUGAAAUGAUCGAUUUAAUGGCCAUCAAAGUUCGGAAUAACAUUAUUAAUGAGAUCAAGGAGGCCAACUAUUUCACUAUUAUGUUCGACUGCACCCCAGAUGUAUCUCAUACAGAACAAAUGAGCCAGGUUAUACGAUAUUUAAAGAGAACGGAGUCUGGAUAUGAGAUAAAGGAAAGUUUUAUUGACUUCCUAGAAGUUGACGGAAAGACUGGAGAAUAUAUAUCACAGCGAAUUCUAGAUAAACUGCAAGCUGAUGAUUUAGAUGUCGAAAAAUGUCGUGGACAAUCCUACGACAACGGAUCUAAUAUGGCUGGCAUAUAUAAAGGAGUCCAAUCCAGAAUUCUACGGAUGAACGAGCUGGCAGUAUUUGUUCCAUGCCUACACACUCAUUAA